CGGAAGUGACGCAAACGCGGCGCGCGGCGGCGCCGAGUGUGGACCUGGGUCGCGAUGAGCUGCGUCCUUUGUGGGCCGGCGGCCGGGGCCCUCCGGGCACUGAGGCUGGUCCGCUGGACUUCGCGGAGCCUGCAUCAGCCCCCCGGUGGCCGGGCUCGAGGACAGCCCGCGCUCGAAGGCGAGGAGGAGGACGACCCUGACCGUCCUCUUCAGUUUUCCUCCAGCGAAGCCAACCCGUUCCGGUGGACAGUGCAGCACUCCCUGGGAAAGGAGCAGCAGCGGCCCUGGUGGAGAGUGCUGCCCUUCAGCCUGUCUGUCAUGGCUCUGAUCAUCUGGUGCUUCUUUAGGCAGGAGACCAGCGCGGACGGGUGGUUGAGACAGAUAUUGCAAGAAGAGGUGCCAGAGCCCGAAGAUCGCUCUGAAGAGCGUGCGACCUCGGUGGCCCACGGGGCGAGAACUUAACGGCGCGCCAGCAGUGAGGGAACCGGCAUUCGCCUUUAGGCUUUGACGCGACAGAAGCGGUCGCGUUUAACCGUUUCUGCUCUGGCUAUGCACGUUCCCAGGCCGAAGGGCUUGAAUGUCGUGCCUGGUCAUGCUGACCCCUUGCAGGCAGAGAAGAUUGGCUGCAGAACGCUCCCAGCUCCUGCCUGAUGCUUGAUGCCCGUCAAAUACGCCCAAAGACAUUACAGGUCCAUAGGAAAAAGGUUGUGGUUGCAGCAUGUGCUGUUGGAUUUGCGGUGUCUUUGCACAACAUUAUCAUGUUUCCAGAGCCAUGCUGGCGACACUUGUAGUCCUGUUGAACUUGCUUUCUGAGGCAGAAUCACUGGCAGAAGGGUUAAACCUGUUUAUUUUACACUGGACUGUGACGUGUGUAAACUGAUGUUAGUUUAACAAACUAACAAUAAAUUUUAACGUGGGAGUGUGGAAUUAA